UUCCACCAUGACGCUCGAAGUAAACCCCCCAGUCUCCAUCGCUCACCCGUUUUCCAGAGAUCCCACCGUCCGUUUAAACCGUCGUUCCAAGCCUAGAAGAGUCGAGCAGGCGCGACGUAAACACCGACCUCCGCCCCCUCCAGUGGAAUUCGACCCGGCUGCAUGUGCCCUACUUGAUAGAAUCUUCUCCCUCCCCAGCGAAAUCCGCACCACGAUCUACUACCACCUCCUCGUCCAACCCACCAAAUGGGAUCUUACCCACCGCAAAGACUGCGACCCAUUCAGACCAGGCCCUCCCGGCCCCCGAACAUUCACCUCAGGUCUCAUUCCUCCAGCCUACCCCUCCCUUCCCUUCGUUGAAGAAGACCUCCGCCAGAACCUCUGCGCCUACUGCCGCAGCGGGAGCUACCAGUUUGAAAGCCAGUCUAUCUGCGUCUCGCCCGCAAGAAGUCAAUGGGCCCCGCCGCAUACGAAUCCUUUCCUCUGUGACCUGUGCUAUGCGGAGCUUGUACGUAGCCACCGCGAGCCAUGCCCGCCGCUUGAUUCGCUGUCGUGCCUAUGUGCGCGGCGGCGGAAUCUCUCAUUCCUGCUCUUGAACAGACAGAUUCAUCGCGAAGCGGGAUUUGUUUUUUGGACGGAGAACUGCUUUUCAUUCGAGAAGCCCGCCCUGUUGAUCGACUUUAUGGCUGUUUUGAGGCCCGAGGUCUGCGAUCUGAUUUCUAGGGUGUCGCUUAUGACGAGCGUUGACGAAGACGGGGACGAGGAGGCCGUCUUUGACCGUCCGAAGGUCGUCGUUCGGGCCUUGAAAUUGCUGGGACAGUGCCGCAACCUCAUGCACCUCGAGCUCGACGAGGCCUUUCUGUCUCAUGUGAGGUUCGUGCGAGCCUUGCGGGGUGUAAAAGUCGGGAGAAGUGUCAUUUUCGUGAGACGAUCCACGCGUCGAGAGCUAAUCUCAACGGAGUUUAUGAUGGAGCCUAUCUGGGGCAAGGUGGCAAUGCGUAGUGUCGUGGUGGAUUCGUUAGCGGAACAGAUGGCUUGGUCUAUGUCCCAUCGACGGCCGCUGACCCGGCGGUGUGUGAAGCGGCUUUUUGAGCGUAGGGAGAGGAUGAGACUGGGGCUGGUUGAUACGGAUGAUGAAUUGGGGGAGGGAUCAGAGAGUGGAUGAUUGAUUGUUGUCUUUUGCACUAUCCACUAGUUUGGAAUUUGGGGUGACUGACAAUACGUCAGGUUUCUCAUACAGCCUGCACUUUAUUGCCCUUAUGACAAUAUUGAUUUCCUGAGCCAGAGAUCAACCUGACGUAUGAGUCAAUGCUUCUUCCAUUUUUCCUUCCCUCCCCUACAUGUAGCCGCGUGGCGUUUUGCCGCCGUAUACUCAAGCACCAUACAAUGUU